AGUCUGAUACUCUGAGCAGGUCGAGGAGAGUCGAUCGAAUUAAUUAAUGGAGGAUUUGAAUAGAAGAUCGGAUGAGGAGUCGUCGACGUUGGGUAGGGGAACGUUGCGCGUGAUGAUGCUACCAUGGCUAGCUCACGGGCAUGUAUCCCCGUUCCUGGAGCUGGCCAAGAGGCUCUCGCAGGACGACCGCAUCGGCCUGGUCCACUUCUGCUCCACGCCGGUCAAUCUGGGUCCCGUCAGGGACCACCUGAGCAAGCUGAAGGCGGCCUUCCCGUCGUCGACAAUAUUAUCCUACCGCGGAGACAAAAUAAGGCCGGUGGAGCUGCACCUGCCGCCCGCGCUGCCCGGCCUGGAGCAGCCUCACCUGCACACCACGAAGCACCUUCCCCCGGCCCUGAUGCCGGCCCUGAAGCACGCCCUCGACCUGGCCGAGCCCUCCUUCUGCCGCCUCCUCGACGCCCUCCGCCCGGACCUCCUCAUCUACGACUUCCUCCAGCCGUGGGCCCCCCUGGCCGCGCAGCGCCGCGGCAUCCCGGCCUUCCACUUCAUGACCAGCGGCGCCGCUUCCACGGCCUUCUUCUGCCACUACGGCAGCAGGACGUCGGCCGAAGCCUUCCCCUUCCCGGCCAUCCGCCUCGGGUCGCCGGACGAGGACGUGCAGUACGCGGCCAUGCUCAACAAGGAGGCCAACGGCCUCUCCGACAAGGACCGCCUCCUGCGGAGCCUGGAGCGCUCCUCGGGGUUCAUCGCGAUCAAGUCCUUCCGGGAGAUCGAGUCCGAGUACAUCGGCUACCUCUCCUCCCUCGCGGGGAAGGAGGUGGUGCCCGUGGGGCCUCUCGUCCCGGACGCCGAUCCCGCGGACGACGACGACUCCGAGGGGCGGCGGCAGUUGGAGCGCGUGGUGGGGUGGCUCGGGAAGAGGGGUGCGGGGUCGGUGGUGUUCGUCUCCUUCGGCACGGAGUACUUCAUGACCGAGGAGGAGACGGAGGAGCUGGCCUGCGGCUUGGAGCUCAGCGGGGCCAGCUUCAUCUGGGUGGUGCGGUUCCCGCCGCGGGAGGACGAGGAGAGAGACGAGGCCCGGGCGGCGGCGGCGGCGGCAACGGCAAGGGCGCUGCCGCGUGGGUUCGUGGAGAGGGUCGUCGCUCCUGCAGGUCGGGGGGAGGAGGAGGAUGAGGGGGGGAGAGGGAUGGUGCUGGAGGGUUGGGCCCCGCAGCGGAGCAUCCUGGCGCACCCCAGCGUCGGGGCCUUCCUCACGCACUGCGGGUGGAGCUCCGUGAUGGAAGGGAUGCGGUUCGGCGUCCCCAUGGUAGCUCUGCCCUUGCACCUCGACCAGCCGAUGAAUGCCAGGCUAGUCGUCGAGCUAGGCGUCGGGGUGGCCUGCAGCCUCCCGCCGCGCCCGCACGAGGCGACAUUCAAGCGAGACGACGUCGCUCGAGGAAUACGGGAAGUUCUUCUACCCGCUACUGAGAGAGGACAGGGAGUGGCGAGCAAGGCCAAGGAGAUGGCGGAGAUGAUGAGCCGGAAAGGUGACGCGGAGGUGCAAUCGCUGGUGCAGAAGAUGGCCGCGCUCUGUUACCGAGACAAGCGACCACCGGUUUCAAGAAAAGAUGAUACAUAACUCUUAACAUAAAUAUGUGAGA